UUCAUUUUGUGCUCCUUUUGAAACUUAUAAAUAUCCCAAACUCCAUCACUUCUUCUGUCAACUUCUAAUUUCCUCUAUUCUUUCUCUCAUAUGGAAAUGGCAAGGCCCAUAAAUUUUGUUGUCUCUCUUCUCUUCCUUAUGUUCAGCUCAUCUGCAGCCACUUCAAUCAACAAUGUAAUCAACUUAGGGGCUAAACCCAAUCGCAAAACCGACUCGACUCGAGCAUUCCUUAAUGCAUGGGCGGGCGCUUGUGGUUCUCUUGGCUCCACCAUCAUCUAUGUGCCACAGGGACGGUAUUUACUUAAUCAAGCACACUUCAAAGGGAAUUGCAAGAACACCAAUAUCACAAUAAGGAUCGAUGGAACCCUUGUUGCACCAUCAGAUUAUAAUGUUAUCGGCAAUGCCGGAACUUGGCUUAUGUUUGAUAGAGUUAUGGGUGUUUCCAUCUACGGUGGAACACUUGAUGGGCAAGGAACAGAUUUGUGGGCUUGCAAGGCUGCCGGAAAAAGUUGCCCAACCGGAGCUACGAACCUAAGAUUUUUAGACUCGAAAUACAUCCUAAUCAGCAGAUUAACAUCGUUAAAUAGCCAAAAUUUCCACAUUGUUAUAUACCAUUGCGAGAACGUCAAUAUUGAAGGGGUGAAAGUUACGGUGGCCGGUAAUAGUCCGAACACAGAUGGCAUUCAUGUACAAAUGUCAAGUGGUGUCAGGAUCAUUGGUGCUAGUAUCAAGACCGGCGACGAUUGCAUCUCGAUUGGACCGGGUACCACAAAUUUGUGGAUUGAGCGUAUCUCUUAUGGGCCUGGACAUGGCAUCAGGUGAGAUGAACGGUUCUGAUGCUCUUGAGUUGCUACAUGUGACUUCACUAGAUCUCAUCAGGUUUUGUUUUGCAGCAUAGGAAGUCUUGGCAA